CAACCAUCUUGUCUGAAAUUGCUACAAGUCAUUCGUUCGAUUACUGUCUGUCUUUGUAAAGAUGCAGGUAACUAGCUAAUUUGAAAACAUCUGAUCUGGUGAUCUUGGAUUCUGAAGCGUUUGGGCUAACUUUCUAGUUUAUUAUGUUUGCUUCGCUAACGUUUAGUUUUAGCUAGUUCCCUGUUUGGAGGUUGAUUUCGACGACCUCUUCCUCUCCUAAUUUGGCUGCAGCAACUGGGAGUUGCGGAUCAAGAAUAACGAGUGAGAAGGGUCGUAGUAACUAGUUGAUGGUAACUAAUAUUCGGGUUUUUAAACAUGCACAAUGGUGGUACACCUAACUUUCUAGAUAAAUAUAUCUAGCCCAAGCUGCAAAAACAUGUAUGAUUGCGAACAGUUCUGAUCGAAAAAAAAAGUAGCUGGACAAUUGUUAUUUCAAGCGAUGAAAAUGUGUUUUAAAUAUGAUAAAACCACGAAUGAAACACGCUGAGAGCGCAAGCAUUUUGGUGCCAUCGAACUUGUUAGCUAGGUAGUUUAGUUUCAACCAAAUGUGUAGUGUGCUUGUGUAUGUUGAGUAAUACGUUGUCAGCUUCUGGAUCCAAGUAACUGUUGUUGAGCUUCCCCUGUCCGGCUAUGGGAACCUUCUGUCGUUCAUUGUUGUAUUUACGCGGUUAGGCCUAUGUUCUGUUCUCAGUGCCCCAAAUUUGGCAAUAACUGAGUGUGGAGCCCGACUUAUGUUGUAACCAAGUUGUUUCCAAAGCUUCCAUGCGGCUUAGUGGAGUGUUGUGGUUUGAAUCCCUCAGGGAUAUAGGCGGCCAGCCUACUCCAACCUUGUUAAAUCAAGUUCAACAGAAUGUUUAGCCAAUCUACAAUGAAUGUCUACUCUGCAUUUCUUCUACAAUCCUACAGUUUUAUAACACUUAUCUGAAGGCGUUUUUCCCCUUUCCAUAUUUUGCUGUAGGGAAGCCAUUGCUGAACAUCCCAAAGAACCUUCCAGAAGACUAUCUCCCACCCAUAGGAGCUGAUAUCAUGGCAAAGGAUGUGAGUUCUGGGCCAGUGUUAGUGUGCAAGCCAUACAAUUAGAAUUAGUACUAAUUCUAUAGUGGAACCCUCUUUUCUUUUUUCUCAACCAACUCAAUCCAGUUUUAGGUCAUUGCUUCAGGGAAGAACUGACACAUCACUAGAUUAAUGGACUUCCCUUUGUGGUUUGAGUGGUACAGGCUAAGUUACUUUGAAGACCAUAUCAACUUCCUGAUUUAGCAGUGGUGGAUUUCACCUUAACAAGUGGUUGUUGGUACUUACUGAUUUAGUUGCUUGCUGUUAUACAAUAAUCAACCGACAAACCACUUUAAUCGUCACUUGACCAUCUCCUUCCAGUGUACACCCACCCACACACACAGUGUUUAAGAUGGUUGCGGAGGUCCUCAAACUCUAAAGUGUACACCGAUUGAUGCUCAAUUGCUCACACUCAAAGGUUGCCAUGGAAAUGGAGCAACACUCUCACAGUAAACAAACGUAGUAAUCCAUUGACCUCAGUCCAGCAGCACCUCCUAGCUCCAGACUAGUAUAAAGCCGACUAGUGAGAAGAGAAUCUAGAGAAGUUUGUAGCUACUGGUGUUUCCAUGGCGACAGUGUGGUGGGGUGGCCAUAACAGAACAUUGUCGUCUCCAGGCGGCUGGGAUCGGUGCCAACGGAGAGAUGAAGGUUUUCUACAACCAGAACCUCAGUCCCAGCAAAGGUAGGUAGCUACAGCACCCAGGGUUUCCCCUAAUUAUUUUAAUAUAGGUGAGCUGCACACUGGUGAACACUGGCGUUGAGGAGCAUGGAGGAGUAAGACUUGGCCAAGGAUGGCAGUACUAGAGCUACUCCUGCAGAAUGAGAGUUGAUGGUAGACUGUGACUCUCGCCUAACAGAGGAGGGCAGUGUUGCCUCCUGUUGAGAUGUUCUCUCUGUGGCCAAUCAUGUCAUAAGUGAUUCCAGGGAGCUUGGGGUGAAUCUCAAUUAGGAUUGUCACGAAACCAGUAUCGUGAUAUUUCUGUGGCAAGGAAACAAAACAUGAAGCAGAUUGAAUUUCGUGAGGAAAACGGUCCUUAUGUUGUCACCUUGAGUCACAUUUGUUUAUUUGGCCAGCUAUAGCACCCACAAUUGCCAUACAGUAGGUUUUUAUAGGACCAUAGAGUUUAGUCUAAAUCCUGUUUUCUUUUUUUGCCAUGGGAAAUCUGGUGUAGUAUCGUGAUACUGGUAUCGUGACAACCCUAAUCUCAAUAGUGUUUCCUUGAUCCCUGGGAUCCUCUCUCUCCCCUGCUCCAUCUCAAAGCAGGUUGGAGAAGGUCCGAACCUCAGAUCCUCUCCUCCAAUGUGUUUUGCCAGAGGAGGCUGGGAAAGACAAGAGAUUCACCCUUGGUGUUGUUCUAUCAGUCUUCCCUCCCCCAUAACAACAGCGAGGCUGCAUCCUAAAUGGCACCCUAUUCAAAAGUAGUGCACUAUAUAGGGAAUAGGGUGCCAUUUGGGACGCGCCUUGGUGUUCUAACAGUGUUGUUCCUGUCCCUCCAGGUGUCCUGUCCCUGGUGACAGUCCACCCUCAGUCCCUCUCUGUGGGGAAACAACUGCUUCCCAAAACCUUGGGGCUCUCCAACGUCAACAUCGCCCCACACAUGGUGAGACACAACACUAACACUAGUAACAGCCUCAUUUCUAAGAACUCCUGUCCUCUCCUCCUCCUGUCUGAGGGCCCCUGUCCUCUCCUCCUGUCUGAGGGCCCCUGUCCUCUCCUCCUGUCUGAGGGCCCCUGUCCUCUCCUCCUGUCUGAGGGCCCCUGUCCUCUCCUCCUGUCUGAGGGCCCCUGUCCUCUCCUCCUCCUCCGGUCUGAGGGCCCCUGUCCUCUCCUCCUCCUGUCUGAGGGCCCCUGUCCUCUCCUCCUGUCUGAGGGCCCCUGUCCUCUCCCCUCCUGUCUGGGGCCCCUGUCCUCUACUCCUUCCUGUCUGAGGGCCCCUGUUCAUCUUCCUCCUCCUGCCUGAAGGGCCCCUUGUCCCUCUCCUCACUCCGUAUGAGGCACCCGUUCCUCUCCUCCUCCUGUCUGAGGGCCCCUGUCCUCUCCUCCUCCUGUCUGAAGGCCCCUGUCCUCUCCUCCUCUGCUACUACUAGUGAAGCACUGGGCUUCCCAUGUCUCCAUGGCGAUAAAGCCUUCAUAUUAACUUUGAGCAAGGCAGGGUGACCUGUUUUGUUGUUGGUUUUUUGGAGUCAUGCGUACUGGUGUGAACCUGCGUACCUGUGUGUGACCUGCGUGCCUGUGUGUGACCUGCGUGCAUGUGUGUGACCUGCGUGCAUGUGUGUGACCUGCGUUACCUGUGUGUGACCUGCGUGCAUGUGUGUGUGCAUAAGCUGAUCACAAACCCUUAUCAGUCAGCGGGAUUAUAAGAGCUCCCUCAUCACCAUUAUCAUCCUAUUAAUGAGGCCAAGCCCCAGAGCUCAGGGUUCAGCUAGAGAGGGAUGCAGGGCAAUAGAAACACUAGUAGUUCUAGUUCUAUAGACAUAUCUAAUCCCCUAGCCGUGAUGUGUUGCUCUGGCUAGCCUCCAUAGCUUCUAGUAUGGUGUAGAUGAACUGCUUUAGAGGUCGCUCCUCAGGGCUUUGAAAGAAGCUCAUACAUUUAAUUUAUGGCUGUUAAAUGUUAUGUCUGCGUAGUUAACUGUCCCUCCUCUGUCUCAGGUGAUGGGUACUCCUCAGAGGCCCAGUGGGUCAGGGGGGUUGAUGAUGGGCAGCCCUCACACACCCAGUACCCAGUACAGACCACAGAGCCAGCCCCCUGAUGCCUCGCCCUGGUCCACCGGGUAAGACACGCACCCACACGCACAAUUGUAUACAAACACUCAUGCUAGUUAAGGUCACCUGGCCGUUUGGGUCAGCUUUAGGUAAAUUCUCAGCAGGGAGGCUGGCUGGCUUCUCGGGAAAGUUCUCUCUCUCUCGUUAAGAGAUUGAGAUGUCAGUACAUACAGUCCCUUAAGAAAGUAUUCACCCCUGGACUUUUUCCACAUUUUGUUGUUACAAAUUGGUAUUAAAAUUGAUUUAUUUGUCUCUUUUUUGUUAACGAUCUACCCAAAUAAUCUGUCAAAGUGGAAUCAUUAUUUAUAAAAAAAAGUUUUAUGGAAAAUAAAACACAUCUUCAUAAGAUCAUUAUUCAACCCCAAGUCAAUACAUGUUAGAAUAAUCUUUGGCAGAGAUUACAGCUGUGAGUCUUUCUGGUUAAGUCUGUAAGACCGUUGCACACCUGGAUUGUACAAUAUUUGCCCAUUCUUUAAAAAAAUCUUCAAGCUCCGUCAAGUUGGUUGUUGAUCAUCGCUAGAUAGCCAUUUUCAAGCCUUGCCAUAGAUUUUCAAGCUUUAAGUCAACUGUAACUAGGCCACUCAGGAACAUUCAAUGUCAUCUUGAUAAGCAUCUCCAGUGUAUAUUUGGCCUAGUGUUUUAGGUAAUUGUCCUGCUGAAAGGUGAAUUAAUCUCCCUGUGUCUGUUAGAAAGCAGAAUGAACCAGGUUUUCCUCUAGGAUUUUGCCUGUGCUUAGCUCUUCCAUUUCUUUUUAUCCCAAAAAACUCCCUAGUCCUUGCCGAUGACAAGAAUACCCAUAACAUGAUGCAGCCACCACCAUACAAUGUUGUUGAUCCAUCCUCAGUCUUCUCUUAUCACAGCCAUUAAACUCUGUAACUGUUUUAAAGUCACCAUUGACCUCAUGGUGAAAUCCCUGAGCGGUUUCCUUCUUCCACCAACUGAGUUAGGAAAGACGCCUGUGUCUUUUUAGUGACUGGGUGUAUUGAUACACCAUCCAAAGUGUAAUUAAUAACUUCACCAUGCUCAAAGGGAUAUUCAAUGUCUGCCUUUUUUUUUUUUAACCCAUCUACCAACAGGUGCCCUUCUUUGCGAACCAUUGGAAAACCUCCCUGGUCAUUGUGGUUGAAUCUGUGUUUGAAAUUCACUGCUCGACUGAGGGACAUUACAGAUAAUUGUAUGUGUGGGGUACAGAGAUGGGGUAGUCAUUUAAAAAUAAUGUUAAACACUAUUAAUGCACACAGUGAGUCCAUGCUACUUAUGUGACUUGUUAAGCACAUGUUCAAGUGCUGCCCUUUCCUCUAAGGGCACUCUGGUUGAAUUUGAUAUUUUAGGUUUAAGUAAUUUUUAUUUAGAUUUUAAGGUUAACCACCUUACAAUGAUUUUGAGAUACAAAGAAGGUCGUUUUUUUGGGGGGGGUAUGAAAACUCUCCCGUGACCCAUUUUCAUGUCAGGUGACUCCACAUGGGGUCGCGCAACCUAAUUUGCUCAGAUUGGCGUCUUCUCUCUCAUUCCUGCUGUGAUUGGCUCCUCUCUCUAAUUCCUGCUGUGAUUGGCUCCUUCUCUCUCUAAUUCCUGCUGUGAUUGGCUCCUUCUCUCUCUAAUUCCUGCUGUGAUUGGCUCCUUCUCUCUCUCUAAUUCCUGCUGUGAUUGGCUCCUUCUCUCUCUAAAUCCUUCUGUGAUUGGCUUCUCCUCUUUCUAAAUCCUGCUGUGAUUGGCUCCUCUCUCUAAUUCCUGCUGUGAUUGGCUUCUCCUCUCUCUAAUUCCUGCUGUGAUUGGCUUCUCCUCUCUCUAAUUCCUGCUGUGAUUGGCUUCUCCUCUCUCUAAAUCCUGCUGUGAUUGGCUUCUCCUCUCUCUAAAUCCUGCUGUGAUUGGCUUCUCCUCUCUCUAAAUCCUGCUGUGAUUGGCUUCUCCUCUCUCUAAAUCCUGCUGUGAUUGGCUUCUCCUCUCUAAAUCCUGCUGUGAUUGGCUCCUUCUCUCUCUAAUUCCUGCUGUGGUUGGUUGUGUUCCAGGAAGCGUGGUACUGGUAAGAAGGGGGAUAAGAACGGGAAGGGGCUGAGGCAUUUCUCCAUGAAGGUGUGUGAGAAGGUGCAGAGAAAGGGCGUGACCACCUACAAUGAGGUGGCUGACGAGCUCGUGGCAGAGUUCAGCGCCAACGACACCCUCCUCUCGCCCGGCGACUCGGUGAGACACACGGCCAAUCAAAAACCCAUCAGACCAGGGUUUCAUCCGUACAACAAAUAGCCCAAUCAGAGUUCAAGAUGCACAGAUUCUGCGCGGCCCUAUGGGCCCUAGGCAAAAGUAGUGCACUCUGAAGGGAUUAGGCCAUUUGGGAAACGACAGCAGUGCCAUUUGAGACACAGACCCUUUCUCUCUCCCAUCCACAGCAUUCCUACGACCAGAAGAACAUCCGACGGCGUGUGUACGAUGCGCUCAACGUGCUCAUGGCCAUGAACAUCAUCUCUAAAGAGAAGAAAGAGAUCAAGUGGAUCGGCCUGCCCACCAACUCAGCACAGGAGUGUCAGAGCCUAGAGGUAAGAGAUCAGGUGGAUCGGCCUGCCCACCAUCUCAGCACAGGAGCGUCAGAGCCUAGAGGUAAGAGAUCAAGUGGAUCGGCCUGCCCACCAACUCAGCAGAGGAGCGUCAGAGCCUAGAGGUAAGAGAUCAAGUGGAUCGGCCUGCCCACCAACUCAGCAGAGGAGCGUCAGAGCCUAGAGGUAAGAGAUCAGGUGGAUCGGCCUUCCCACCAACACAGCACACAGACAGACCCACAGAGACACCUGUAACCUGAUGUAUUUGUCUGAUGGUCAGGUGGAGAGACAGAGACGACUAGAGAGGAUCAAGCAGAAACAGUCUCAGCUUCAGGAGCUCAUUCUACAGGUAAACACUCCACUCACUGUGGUGGAACAUACACACGUUUUAGAAGAAGCUCACCCUGUCUUGCUGGUGGCUUCAACGUUGCCUGAAUGUCAUUUCAACGACGUUGACUGAACGGUGUCAUAACGUUGUGUGAAUGUCUCGGUGCAGCAAAUAGCGUUCAAGCGCCUGGUGCAGCGUAACCGUUCAGCGGAGCAGCAAGCGGGGAGGGCUCCGCCCCCAAACUCUGUCAUCAACCUCCCCUUCAUCAUCGUCAACACCUCCAAGAGGACCGUCAUCGACUGCAGCAUCUCUAACGACAAGUAAGAGACCAGAGACGGUGUAAUACACAGAUCAUUACAUUGUCCUGUUCACGUGAUUACGAUCGGUGAAUACAUCUACUGAUUGCUUCCCACACUCCCUUUGGACACCUGUGUGCAGUGCUCAGGGUGAUUCAAUCCACCACCUCAUCCUCAACCCCUCCAUCCUCACCCUCCACUCCCUCCACCUCCCUCAUCCCUCCAUCCCCUCCCCCCCCUCCUCCUCCACCCUCACUCCCUCCACCUCUCCCUCCUCCACCUCCCCCCUCCUCCGCUCCAUCCCUCCGCAUCCUCCAUCCCACUCACCUCCACUUCCACACUCCUCCCUCACCACCAUCCCACACUCACCUCUCCACCCUCCAUCCCUCUCCUGCCUCCAUCCCUCUCCUCCAUCCCUCAUCCAUCCCUCCACCCUCUCCCUCCCUUCUCCCCCUCCACCCUCCCCCCUCCUCCUCCCAUCACCUCUCACCCUCCAUCCCGCUCCUCCCUCCACCCUCUCCUCCCUCCUCCCCUCCCUCCCUCCCUCACCCUCCAUCCCUCCCCUCCAUCACAUCCCUCUCCUCCCUCCAUCCCUCUCCUCCCUCCAUCCCUCUCCUCCCUCCAUCCCUCUCCUGCCUCCAUCCCUCUCCUCCCCUCCCCCUCUCCACCCUACAGGUUUGAGUACCUGUUUAACUUUGACAACAUGUUUGAGAUCCAUGAUGACGUAGAGGUGUUGAAGAGGAUGGGGAUGUCUUGUGGACUGGAGGUGGGCUGCUGUUCCCCAGAGGACCUGAAGGAAGCCCGCACCCUGGUGCCCAGAGCCCUGGAGCCCUAUGUUACAGGUCAGUAGGACUGCGUCCCAAAUGGCACCCUAUUCACCCUGAUAUACUUGGGCUGGGAGUGUGUAAAGGAGGCUAUAUAAAUGGUGUCUGUUCCCUCCCCCCCCCCUCCAGAAAUGGCCACGGGCCCAAUAAGCAACGUCUACAUCACGGGAGCGUCGUCUACAAACGGAGGACGCCAUCACACAAGGUGAGUCUCUUCCAUAGAAAUGUACUUGAGAGCUCAUCUCCUAUCUGGAGGGUGAAAGCCUUCAGAGGCGCUGCCCAUGCUAAAACAAGCUUUGUUUCAAGUGUGCCCUCUAUCCAACUCUAUGGUCUCUGAGCUCUUUCUGAGCUCUUUUAAAUGGACAGGUAGUGAUGUAACAGGAAGGUCUAACUAAUUCCUUCUGUUUCCUGCUGUAUAUUCAGUGGCGCCGAUGGCACAGUGGCGUCCAUUUCCAACGAGUCACACUACAGCGGCUCGCGAGGCCACACCCCUGUGUCCUACAUGGCAGAUGAGGAAGAGGAUGAUGAAGAGGACUACGAUGACGAUGAUUAAAUCAGUAGUUCUUCGUUCUCACUCAACCAACUCUACCAGACCAGUCUGAUUUAACCAAGUGUGUCCCAAAUGACUCCCUAUAUGCUGAACUACCUUUGACCAGAGCCAUAUUGGCACAAAUGUAGUGCACUGUAUUGGGACUAGUGCCAUUUGGAAUGCAUGCAGCCCAUAUCCCAUGAACAAGUCUCUCUCCCUCCCUCCGGCUCCAUCUCAGGCCUUCCCUCCUCCCCACCAAGCUAUCUACGAGGAGGCUCCUGCCCCUGCUUCUCCUUCCUCAGCUGCCUUCAGAAUGCACAGAGCGCACCGACGCAAUGGCCUUCUGGGAAAUGUAGUCUCUGCUGCCAAGGACGCUGACUGUAUAAUGCAUUUUGUGGGAAUUAACUUAUUUUUUUUCUGCUUCUGAACCUGUGUUUCUAUCAGAGUGUAAUCUCCACAACGCGCUCCUCUUCAGCCCGCCUCCCCGUUACAGGAAAUGGGAGCCUUCUCCUGCCAUACUCGUUUUUUUGGUUCUUGAGUGAACUGAUAUACGGCCACGGAAAGAUUCCCUCCAGAAACCUCUGAGAUCUGCCUUGUGUCGCUGUAUUACAGUAUUUAACAUUAUGAACAGUAGUGGUGUCAGUCGUUGACGUGACAGUGGAAAUGACUUCCUAUACAUCUCCUAGGGGAGAGGGUGUGUGUGUGUAUGUUUUGUACUUUGCUUAUUUGUAGUAAUAUUUUCUUAUUUUGUGUGUGUGACUUCCUUCUGGCAGCUAUUUUCAAGAUUGGUGAGUGUGUGUUUUUGGGCAGUCACUUGGCCCUGUGCUUGUGUGUUGCUGUGAAUACCUACAGACAGUAGAGGCCAAAUGUCCCUGUGUGUUGCUGUGAAUACCUACAGACAGUAGAGGCCAGAUGUCCCUGUGUGUUGCUGUGAAUACCUACAGACAGUAGAGGCCAAAUGUCCC